AUGUUUCAUCACAGAGGUACACGAAUUCUUGAUCAACGUGAAGAUUCCGUGCAAGCAAUUCCUAUUGUGCAACGCAAAGCUCUUUCCUCCUGUGGAUCAAAGGAAAUUGAUCCCCUCCUCUUUCUCAAAGUUCAAGUUUCCUCGAACGGUGUUUAUGAAGCUUGGUUAAAGCUACAGAAGAGCAAAACUUCAAACGCUAUUUGCAUCUUGCUUGAAAUGAAAGAAUCAGAGCAAGCAUAUAUUCAUGACUUGUACGUUGCAAAAAGAUUCUACGCUGAAAGGCUUUAUCCCGUAUUGGACAAACAAGAAUGGCGGGGUGUUUUUGGUCAAUUCUUGCCGCUGUGUUCUGUUGCGGCCCGGUUUGCGAAAGACCUGUGUCGGGCUAUUGACGACGAGAUUGCUCUUGUACGGCAAAACGCAGCAUCCAGCGGUUUAAUUGCUCAGCAGUUCUUGCGCUGGCUUCCUCAGCUGAAAGAUACAUAUUCUCGGUACUGCCUCGUUCAAGACCGUUGUUCAGAGCAAGUAAAAAAAUGGCUUAGGGAUGAGAAUUUAACGUCUGUCAUCAAUCAGUGUGAUAGUAUUGCUAAGAUUGAGAGUUCUUCUUGGAACCUGGACAGUUUCCUAGUGAAACCGAUGCAACGGUUUCUCAAAUACCCUCUCCUCCUUAACCAGCUGUAUCGGGCAAGUCUAACGACUGCCUCCACUAAUUUUGCACUCCUUGCAGAGGCGUGUAGUGAAACAGAGCAAGCUGCUCAAUGCGUUAACGAAAUGAAGCUUCGUCAAGAGACGGUAGAACGGGCCCUACGACACAACUCUAGUAGGUCAAUCUUCAAACCUCGGACGGCGGGUCGUCUACAGCUCCUAAAAAAAAUGAAAGGGAUCCAAACGUCGGUAAGCGCGCUUUACAUUCCCAACCACGAACAAAUCGUAGCUCUCAUUCAAGAACUUGCCUAUACACAUAAUUGUUUGCUCGACUUUCGAAAUAGUGUCGCCGAUUAUGUGAAUGCUGCACGCACUCACUUCAACAAACUAUCCGAUAUAAUUCAGUGCUACGGUCAAGUUUGUAAGGGGCCUCGAAAUUCACUCUCGUGGACAAACGCGACGAAUGCACUUGAAAACAUAACACGUGGGGCAAUUCUGCGACUUUACGAUGAUUGUCAUCGAAUGCUUGACACGUUUAUCACACCCUUGCUAAACAUUUACGAACGGCCACUUGAAGUGUGCGGCGCUUGGUUACAGUCGGGCAUAUUGUUUGCCAAACGGCGACAUGCACGACAGGAUGUUGGAUUAGAGCUCAAGGAUUUCCCACUGUUGGGGAACUGUUUAAUGGAUGAACUCCCAAUCUUCAUGCAAAAGGCAAAGCAAAUUCUCUCCAUUUGUGUAAAUACCUGCGCUGCUUGCCAACAGCGUUUUCUUCAAACGGCCCAUGAACAAUUGAAGGUUGUGUGGUCUGAGCACAAGUCGUUCUUACGGUCGAUGGAGCCUAAUGAAGUUGACGGUAGGUAUUUGGAUGGAACGAAUGUAGGAGAUAAUACUGCUGACGAUGUCAGCGAUGUCAAUGAUUAUCAGCUCCCAGAAUGA